GAAAAAGUAUUGUAAAUCAUUCCUGAUGGUAUUGAAGAAGGAUAUUUUAUUUUAAUGCUAAUAUAUAUCGUGAUAUUAGAAAAAUAUAUUCAAAAGUUUCAGCCCAGUUUUGAUUCAUUUCUAACCAACCAUUACGGAAGAGCUUCUCUCCAUUAGCCAAAUACAUAUUAAUUUCUUCUGCCAGAACGGCUAUGAAAAAAUCAUUACCAUUUCGUAAGAGUGAUGCACAAAAACUCCAUAGAAUAGAUGUUAACAAGGCAAGUAAAUUGUGGGAGUGGUUUGUUCAAACUAAAUGGAUUCAAAAUUACGUGAAGAAAUGUUACUUCUAUUCCACCUCCAAAAAGAAGGAAAUAUUCUGAUUUCCCCAUUCUGAUGAACGAAAAUAUCAGUUUUAUCGUUUCUCCACUUCCUUACAUUACAUUAUGAACUCAUCAAAAUUAUCAAUUAUUGAUUCUAUUUAUUGCUAUUUAUCUAAAAAAUUUUUACGAUCCAUAUACAUCUGAAUAGAUCAUAUCA